AUGGAAGAAGCUGGUGCUCCUCCCGCGCCUCGCGAAGACCGUGGUCCUCGCAUUCCCCCAGCUAAACUAGCAACUAUCAAGCCCGACCCAACCAUCUCCAUCUUCUACAAGCCUAUCAAGUCUGCGCCGUCACAGCUCGUGGACGGCAAAUUCCCUCGAGAUGCGGCCAUGAUCUUCUGUGACCGUAUCCGCCACGACCUCAUGGACUACAACAGCAAAUCUUUCACCAUCACAGGCGGCGAUUUGACUGCCCACAAGGAAACCUUGGCUUGGAUCAAAGAAUGCAUCGCUGAACAGAGCACCGUCAAAUACAAGGAACUUGAUGACAGCGUCCCUGCGCUCUUCAAGUCUUACGCCAACAUCAUCGUCACAGCGACAUACCUCGGCAUACCUGGACGCGACCUUGGUGAUGGCCUCCUCAAGCGCAUGCAAGGCAUUGCCCGCAAAGUGCUCAUGACCUGGGACGAAGUUGAAUGGUUCUACAAGUCCCCGACCCUAGAUACCUGCAGCACUUCACUCCGCGAAGUCGCCGCCGCCAGUGUUUUCUGGGGAUGGUGGACUGCCAAGCUCGACGAAGAAGAGACCCCUGAAGACAUGAUAUUCCUUGACGUCUUGAGACAAGAGAUCCCCAAGCUUGACCGUGACCUGCACGACUGGUGUGAGCGAAACGAGCAGGAAGUGCGUAAGAAAUGGGAGGAAAAGAAGAAAGCGAAAGAAGCAGAGGCAUUUGGAAAUACUGGGGACUUUUCGUCCGGUGGUGGUGGAGGCGGGUGGGACAACGCCGCACCAGCUACCACAGGCGGUGGUGACUGGGACAAUGCUGCUGCUCCUGCUCCUGCUGGUGGAAAUGACUGGGAGAAUAGUGCUCCUACUACUGCCGCUGUUGGUGGUUGGGACAACGCUGCUCAGAGUGUCAGUGCCGGGGGCGGCUGGGAUGCAGACCCUCCCCGUUCGGACGAAAACAAGCCCUUCGGCUUCGACUCUGGUAUCGUGCUCGAUAGAGACGCAACAACUCCAGUUGAUCACAAGGACGAAAAUGCUUUCAACGGCUUCAAUCCACCACCAGGAGGAUACGGAGCUGCUGCUCACGACGAGUUCGAUUCUGCAGAGGGCGGCCAUGGCGGAGACUGGGCUGACGAAGUCAUCAAUCAAGAUGAGCAGCAGAUUGAGCGUCACAAUCAGUCCUGGUAA